AUGAACGCUCAUGUCUCGGAACUCAUUCAACUCCUCUCUGAGAAGGAGCAGGAGAAGGUCCGGGUGGAGCGGCGGGUAGCAGAGAAGGUGAAGGAGGAGCGUCUGAAGGUGGAUGAAGCUGCCGCCGAGUCCAUGAGGCUACAGAGGGCCCUGACACAGGAGGCCAAGGAUGCCAAGGCGCAGUUGGACAAAGCCCUCCGAGAGCAAGCCUUCAACUGCAAGACCCGCGUGCAUCAGGAGCUGAGAAGUCAGGCAGCCUACGAGGGCCAGGCAGAGCGUGCCCGGAUGCGGGCGGCAAGAGUCCAGGACCAGUGCUACAAGCUCUCCCUGAAGAUCCAAGACCUGCAGUGCCACCUCCAAGAGCGCACGGAGCACGCAAACUCCGCCUUGCAUGACUUGGAGCAGCGCUUGCACGAGCGCACCUCCCGGGUCUCGCGCCAGGGCGAGCAACGCAGCCAGCAGAUGAGGCAGCAUGCGAUGGAGAACUCUGUGAUCCUGGGGGGCCGCCUGGACCACUUCCAGAAGUGCUGCACGGACCAGAUGAGGAAUUGUCACACACGAGCAGAAGGCCACAGCCGCUACAAGGAGCUGUGCCAGCUGGCAGAAACACGGGACACCUACACGAUGUCCCGCGAAAACUACCGGAUGCUCAAGGGAGACCUGCUGGCCCUCUGGAAGCUGCAGCACCAGACCGGUCGCAGUCCCAGCCCUCGCUUUGCGGAGGCCAUCCAGUGA